AUGGCCGGCAUGGUUGCAGACCCCUUUCCCCACGAAGCAUAUGCCCAUUUCGUCGAUGAUGUGCUGGUUAAACACCCCAGAGAGGUGGCGAAAAUCGUGGGGCCUAUAGUGGGGCCAGUUGCACGCGAAGUUGACGAGGCUUUGACCAUUCUCGCCCUUGUUCCUGGUACUUGGCCGUACGUGGCAGCUAUGAAAGCUCUAUCCCUCUCCGCGCGCGGUUGCCGGGGCUUAUAUCGAUACCUCAUUCGGUCUUCCGAGUCCAUGGGGUACACACCAGACGAAGACCUUGAAGCUAUUGCUAGCCGCAUGACCGUGGAAAUAAUGACAAGAACCACAUUGAUAACGAUAGCUGUCGAUACUUCAAACGCUUCUCUCCCAGAGACACUCGUGGCCGGUGCUAGCCUCCCAUGUCCGAACUUAGGAAUAGACAGCAGCAGCAGCAACAACAUCGCAGUGAGCCGCAUCGAGAACUCCCAAGCCGCCCACGGCAUUUGCAAUCCAAUUGUCAACCAUGUGAGAAUCCACGGACCCCAAAUCGUCCAAGCCACACAAGUGGCUCAGGUGAUCAAAGAACUGAAUUAUAUUUCCACCGAGCUCCGCGACGGAUAUGCAAAAUACCGACGACGAUUGACGGCAGAGUUGGACUAUGGCAAGGACAUUGUUUUCCACGUGCUGGUCCCAUCUUGGUACAAACUAUGCAUCCGUGAGCCGUUGCAUUUCCCAGCUGACCUGUAUCCACUUCGAAUCGAGGGCGAACUCUAUCAUGGCAAAAUGGUCGUCGAGAUGAACCUCCCCGCUGCACCCCCGCUGCACCCCCGGGGCUCCUUCCUCGAUCCUGGACACUGGGAUACAAUAGCUGCAGGUGCCGCACUUGUCACAACAAUGCCCAGCAGUGGGGUGGGGUGCCAUCGGUGCUUGUCUCGCUCUGGGCGUGAGCGUGGGCGCGGGCGCUCUAACAGGGCUUGGGGCAUUGGUUGCAGUUCCGAUCUGGUUUGCGACUGCGCCGAAAGCCAUCGAAAUAACACAUUCUGUGAUAUGUCCAGCUGUCUACGAUACGCUCCGUGA